UGCAGAACUUUGCAGGAAUCCAGGAGAUGCGAAGAGCGCAGUGGCCUCUUUCCGGAACUCAGGAGACCAGAACCUCGGUCCGGCCAAGUGACCUCUUGGCACGAGACGCCCUCAGGAGCCAAACCCAAAGUGAAGGAUGAGGACCAGAUUGCAGAAGAGAUUCGAAUGUUGCCUGAUGUUGUUGUGCCGGGGAAGGCAGGAUCUGAGAUCGUUGAGCGCCUGAAGGAGAAGAAGCACACGGAGCACAUGAAGGCUGUGGCCGAUAUGCAAAUGAGCCUGGCCGCUCUCAGUCAGGACUUUGAGAUGCUCAUCAAGCACAGAGCAGAAGACCUCUUGAGGAAGAUGUCACGAUGUGACGAGAACGUGGAGAGGCAGAUGCGGAGAAUGGAGAACAUCUCCGACCUCGAGAUGCUCAGCCUUCAGGAUGUGAACGGGCUCCGGGAUUCCGUGAGUCGGGAGUUUCAGGAGAAGCGGAAGCUGAUCGAGGAGCUGGACCAAGCGCUGAACCAGUACGAACGUGAGAGAACGGCCACGGCUGCUGCUCUGCUGAAGAGGUGCGCCGGGAUCCUGGAGACGAUCGGCCACGCGAGGCCACGCGAUAUCCGACGGCUCGCGGACAGCGAAGCCACGGCGGUGAACCGGGCGGCGCUGGAGAACCGGCGCGCCGCUGCCCAGCUGGUGGCCGACCUGACCGAGAGGCACCUGCGGAGCCGGCAGCUCCGCGGACUUCGCUGGGAGGGACGGGUGCAGGAGUGGAGGAGCCUCAAGGUCAGAGCUGCGGUUGACAGGUUCAGGGAAUUCAUGGACAAGCUGCCCACGCAACACCUCUGCAAAGUGGAGGUGACGCUGAAGAGCUUGAGGAUGGCGCAGGAGUCCCUGGGGGAGGAGCGCAUGGCGGCCUUGCAGGCACUCAGCUCCUUCACGCCCCCAACCUGCUCCGAGGCGCUGGUGGCCCAGUGGUGCUCCUCUCUGGCUGCAGUCGAUGAAAAGAUCGACUCUUUGCACAUGGACUCAGCGGGCAAACUGCGCUUGCAGUGCGAGAGCACGUGGCAGGACUGUCUGGCCGAGGUCGACAAGUUUAAGGAGGAAAGUGCAGCGCUGGGUCUCCCUCCGCCUGACGUUGACGGUGUUGUCAGUAAUGAGCUUCUGCACCUUGUUGGUUUCUACCAGAACCAGUCGGAACGGUGGCUGGAGGCCGUGGAUAGAGCCUUCGAAGCCGUGGCCACGCAGACCGGCCAGUGGAGCAAGUCGCUCGCCAGGUUUGCCAGAGGAGCUACGCACCUGUGGGAGCGUCACUCGGCAGAGCUGCGGAGGAGGGAGCGGCACCUGCUGGUCCAGCUGGAGGAGCUUCAGCAUCUCCACCAACAGGAGAUCCAGGAGAAGGAGGCCCACCUGGAUGUGAUGAUGGACAUGCUGAGACAGGAAAGCUCAGAGGAGACCCUCAGGGCCACUCUGGACAAGGUUCGACGGAGCCUGGGGGAGAUUAAGGAUCGGUGCAUCAGCGGUUACGAGGAGGUGCUGCGAACUGUGGAGAAGUACCCGGUCGGAGUCUUGGAGGAGCUGCACUCCUACAGCGCGGCAGUCAGUCGCUUCUUCGGAGUCAAGGAGGUUUACAGAACGGGGUCUGAAGACCUUCUCAGAUGUUCCGCUUCCCGUAGUUUUGGUUCGACUGGUGAGCCUACGGAAAGGCCGAGCUGCGGAGCAAGCGAACCCCCGCGAGCCGAGGAGCAGGACCCCCCGCAGCAGGUGGAGACAUUCGCGACUUCGAAGGGACACGUGUACCACGGGCGCGGCUUCGGGGAGCAGGGGGCGGAUCUCGGAGGACCGAGGGUGUCGGUGCCCGGGGUCGAACCCCUGGUGUUUCCGGCGAGUCUCGUACCUGAGCUGCAGAGACACGUGAGACUCGGGUUCUUCAACCACCUGGAGAAGUGGUGCGAAGAAGCUGCGAAGGAUGCGCUGGACGCCGUGGAGGCAAAGAAGGAGAAGCUCAGGUGCGAACUCGACCUCUGUCUUCGUCUCCACGAGCCCCGAGCCAAGAGGGUGGAGAUGGACAUCCACAACAUUCGUGCUGCGGAGCUGCUGCACCACCACCGCCGUGUGAACGGGCACUGCGGGGGCGUCCGGUCCGCCCUGGCCGAGUGUCGCGCCGACUUCCAGGAGCUCCGGAUGCGGCAGUUCACGCUUACGGAGGACUUCCUGGCCCAGAUCAACGGCAUGGAGGGAGUCGUGGCCCUUGCGAGCAAGUCUGAUGCCCUGGCCGCCUUGCGCGGUCGCCUGCGGAGUAAGCUGGAGAAGCACACGGCCCUCGUUCGGACGUCGCAGAGGAACUUCCGGCAGAACGUAGAGCUGAAGCUGGAGGCCUUGAGACAGAGCAGCGUACAGCUCAUCCAGUCCUUCAGGUUCUUCUUAGAUGGGGGGAACUUCUCACCCAGAGAGGCCGAAUCGUACCAGAGACGCCUGGAAAAGACCAUCAAACACAUCGACUCUGCGGACGAGGCCUUGAUGUCGGACCUGGAUGGAGCUGAGUUCAGGUGUCUGCAGCAGGCAAAAGAUGUGACCCAGAAGUUGGGGGAGAAAUGUCGUUUUGUGGCUCUGGACCUCAAGUUCCUGGAAAAAGUGCGAGGAGUGUUUCUGGACACACAGGUUCAGAUUAAAGCUGAGGUUGCAAACAGCAAUAUGCAGAACAUGAAGCUCCACAGGAAGCUGACAGCGCUGGAGAGAAUGAUUGACAGUUUGACCAAAGGAAGCCCCCCUGAGAAGACUGUAGCACCGGAUGCUUUUAUGUCUUUCUUGCGCUCCCUCAUUGAGGAGCUGAAGGACAGGUGUCAGUACCUGGAGUGCUGCGUGGACCCUUCCAUGGUGGUGUCUCUGCCCGCGGUACCUGCAUCUACAAAGUCCCGACCGGCGAGCGGCUCGAGCGCCCUCGCCCUUCUGCGGCCCAGCCGUCCCGGAGUGAGCCCCCUGGACGACCCGGCCGUGGCAGUGAUCCAGGAGCUCCUUCGGUUCGGCGACCCGUGCGUUCGCGAGGACGUCCAUCCGAGUCCAGAAGCAGGAGGUCCGACUGCGAGGACAGCGCCCAGGCAGCGAGAACGAGUGGGGAGCGCCUCCAGCCCGCUGGCGCCGGGCACCAUCCGCCGAGAGUCCGUCAGCAGCCCGAGCACGAGGAGACUCUCCAGGGCGUCUCGCUCUCAGAGAAGAUCCCAGGUGUUGGGAUGCGGAGCGGAGAGCGCGGCAACUGCCACUUUCCAAGGUUCGGUCCUCGGAAUCCUGCGGAAGGCGAGCGAUCUUCUGCUGUCGCUGGCCGAGGAGUUCUACAGGAAGAAGGAGCGUCGGCCCGUCUCUCGACCGCUCGUCCUGCAGGAGACCUUUGACCUGUGCGCCGAGGAGAUGAACGCGAAGCUCCUUCUCUACCGCAGUCAGGCUCAGGAGCAGCACGGCAGCUGCUUGCAAGGAUUCUGCUCGCUGCUGAGAAGCUUUGAGAGACAUCUGGCCCACAUGGUGCAGCUGCUCAUCUCCCAGCUGCAAGAGCAACAUCUGGAUGUGCUGGUUGAGGACAUGAAGGGUGUGGAGCAGCGCCUGGACUUGAGCCAGCAAACGCUGGACAGGAAGAAGGUGCUGCAGGUGCGAGCGCGCUGGGGCCUCCCUGCCUACGGAGCAGAGCUGCAGGCGCUGAGUGCUGCUGAGGAGGAGAGGCAGAGGGAGCAGGACGGAGAUAUUGAGCGCGCUCAGCUCGAGCUGCAGACAUGUGUGAGCAGACGUGCGGACAAGUUUGUCGCUGCACUGGCCUCUCUGACCGAGGAGCUGCUCUUCCUGCUGGACGGCCUCCCGGUCACCGAUGAGGUUGAGGCUGGACAGUCCGAAGCCAAGAAAGAGGAUCUGAUGACUUUAAUCAGACAGCGAGAAGGCAGAUCCCCUGCGGAGAGGAGUCGCCCCGGUGCCCCGACACAGAGAGCAGGCAGAACGUGGCCCGGGCUUCGCUACUUCAGCAUGGGAACCCUGGAGCGACCGUGCAGAGAGACCGCUUCCAUAGCAACGAGCAAAACAACAAUGGGCCACGUGCAGGCAGUGGAGACCAGGGACGCCGUGUACCAGCGCUAUGAGCAGAGGUGCAGGGUGGAGCUGGCGGCAGCAGAGCAGCGGCUGGACGCCCACAGGAAGGAAGCCCAGCACUGGGAACAGCACUGGCGGCGCUCUCUGCACACCCUCCGUGGGCCAAAGUCGCCGGGAGCGUGUGUCCCCCCCUCGAAGUGAUGAGCUGCCCCCUGCCACCCAUCGCUCCAGGGUGGUUCCGCUCUAGGUUCUCACAAGUUCUGCGAGAAAAUGUGCAGCUGGAGAGAGAAUCUGGAAGGAUAAGAAAGAGCACGAAGGUCGUAGAAGGAAAUGAUGGAGACUGCUGCUCUGGCUGUACUGGUUUCAGGUUUUCCCGCCAAUAGAGACGCUCCA